CCUGGCGGGCUAACCCGGGCUGGGGACGGCUGGGCCGUUUCGCUGGGCGGUGUCCGGAGAGCUGCGGGGCCCGGGCGCCCGGGGUUCACGCCACACUCCCAGGGGAUACCUGAACCAGCGGGCCGGCGGGAAGUGGCCGGGACCAUGGGGUGCUUCUUCUCCAACAGGCGGAAGGCUGAGAAGGAGUCGCAGCCCGAGGGCGGGGAGGGGCGACCGAAGCAGUACAGCUGGGACCAGCGCGAGAAGGUUGAUCCAAAAGACUACAUGUUCAGUGGCCUGAAGGAUGAAACAGUAGGUCGCCUACCUGGCCAAGUGGCGGGACAACAGUUUCUCAUUCAAGACUGUGAGAACUGUAACAUCUAUAUCUUUGAUCACUCUGCUACGAUUACUAUUGAUGACUGUACUAACUGUGUGAUUUUUCUGGGACCUGUGAAAGGCAGUGUGUUUUUUCGGAAUUGCAGAGAUUGCAAGUGUACGCUAGCCUGCCAACAGUUUCGUGUGCGGGAUUGUAGAAAGCUGGAAGUCUUUCUGUGCUGUGCCACUCAACCCAUCAUUGAGUCUUCCACAAACAUCAAGUUUGGCUGCUUCCAAUGGUACUACCCCGAGUUAGCAUUCCAGUUCAAGGACGCGGGGCUGAGUAUCUUCAAUAAUACCUGGAGCAACAUUCAUGACUUUACCCCCGUGUCAGGAGAGCUCAACUGGAGCCUUCUUCCCGAGGAUGCUGUAGUUCAAGACCAUGUUCCUCUGCCUACUACCGAAGAGCUCAAAGCAGUCCGUGUUUCCACAGAAGCCAAUAGAAGUAUCGUUCCAGUAUCUCGGGGUCAGAGGCAGAAGAGCAGUGAUGAGUCAUGCUUAGUGGUAUUAUUUGCUGGUGAUUACACUAUCGCAAAUGCCAGAAAACUAAUUGAUGAGAUGGUCGGUAAAGGCUUUUUCCUAGUUCAGACAAAGGAAGUAUCAAUGAAAGCCGAGGAUGCUCAAAGGGUUUUUGGGGAAAAAGCACCUGACUUCCUUCCUCUUCUGAACAAAGGUCCCGUUAUUGCCUUGGAGUUUAAUGGAGAUGGAGCUGUAGAAGGAUGCCAACUUAUCGUCAAUGAGAUAUUCAAUGGAACCAAGAUGUUUGUAUCAGAAAGCAAGGAGACAGCAUCUGGAGAUGUAGACAGCUUCUACAACUUUGCUGACAUACAGAUGGGAAUAUGAAGUGCAAUGUGGAACCAAGGACUUGGUAUUAAGCCCUUUUAAAUUUGUGUAUUAGCAAUGAAUUUUACUAAUGAUGAAACUGUUAAUGACUAUUUUUUAGUAAAUGAUUGAAUACCACAUCGUUUACUUCAGGUUCAGAAAUUGUUUUGGGAUACCUGGUUGGUUCAGUCGGUAGAGCAUAGAAUUCUUGAUCUCAGGGUUGUGAGUUCAAGCUCUGUGUUGGGCCUGGAGCCUACCAAAAAAAAAAAAAGUUCAUUUUAAAUUCAGUGGUUUUAAUCAGCUUAGAAACUAUUUAACCUACUUCAAUAAGGUUGUGGUUUUGUUUCUCUGCUUAUGAUCAUUAUUAGAACAUAGAAGUGGCUUGCAGGUCAUGAUUUUAAUCCUAAUUUUUCUUUUAAUUCUCUAAGAAUUUAAACUUUCUUCAGUGCUCCAUAUUGUUUGAGAAUACAUUCCAUUGCUUCUUUUCUUUUUUUAUCGAGAGAUUUGUUACUAGCUGAUCAUUUAGAAUGAACCUCUACACAUUUUUUUCGUGUAUACAUAGCCAAUUAAGUAAUUGCUUCCUAGUUGCAUAAUGUGGCAAAUGAGAUUUUGUAUGCAGAAUUGAUAUAAUACUUUGUAAAUUGAAUUUUUUUUAAUUAAUAGGGAUUUGAUAACCAGUUUUGCAAUUAACUCUACUAACUGAUGUUGGUAUAGCUGUUUAAAGACUACUUUGUGAGUAGUAUGAUUAUGUGAAUAAAUUCCACACCGUUUAGUUUUUUUAACGCAACUGCUAGGUGACUCUUCUGCUUCCUGGUAAGAAAAGGUGUAUGCAGUACUUAAAAGUAUAGAAACCUGAUCACCGGCAGGUUUUAGAAAAGUGAAAUUACUAGCUCUUGUGGUUUAUCAGGAGAAUUAGGACAAAAUCUUGUGACAUUUAAAUGUCAUGAAAUGCUUAGGCAUGAUGAUAAGCUAGGCAGAUAUUUUUUUAAAAAACUAGAGAAAUUUGAUUUCCAGCAGAUUUACCAUUCAUCAAGUAAUGUUCAAGUGUGAUGAAAUUGGUUUUGGCUGCUUUAAAGCAUUAUUUCCCAAAUCAAGCUGACUGUAAUAAUUUGCCAGGAAUCAAGGGAGAGCUACUUAUUUAAAAAUCCACAUCCUUGGACCCAGUCCCCAGAUACACUGAUUCAUUCUCCAGGGGGAACCCGGUUGUGAGGAGUUUGUUGUAACCUAAAGUAAUCAGCUCAGAAGAUGUUCAUUGGGCGAUCUGGAGAGAAGGGACUGAACCUGCCAUGUACAUCGUAUGUAGCAGCUAAUAGGAAAUUAGCUUUCAUAGGUCUAUUUUUUAAAGGAACCUUAAAUUUAAAUCUAUUUUGGUAAAACCAAGACUGAAGAUAGCCACUUAUAGAAAUCCCUCUUAUGAUUGUUACUGAAAAUGUAUUUUCAUGUGUAAACUGCUUUUGAAUAUAUCAGAUUAAUUUAUAACUACUAUAUUGAACUGUGUGUUAAUGUUCAGAAAUAAUGCAUUCAAAGACUUUUCACUUUAAUAAGGAAAAUUGACUACCUACCCUGUGUCUGGCCUCAUGCUAACCAUUAGCUUUGUAUCAUUUCAGUCUUUUGUAAGAGCACUCUAUACUACAUAAUCAACCUCUUCUUUAAAUCAGAAUGGUUUCAUGAGAUGCAAAUAAAACUUGGUGACAGAUUUAACAUAAUUUUAAUCAUGAUUUACAAAUAAGCUUUGCAAUUAGUGGUCAGAGGGCAUUAAUUUUUCCCACCAUUAAGCUAAAUUAAAUAUAUUCCUUCUGAUUUUGAUUACAUUAUUAAACCCCAUUAUUCACACUAAAAGUAAUUGCUGUACUUUAUGUUUUUCAAAAAUAAAUACAAUACUACACAAAACUGUAAACCGAGUUCUUUAUUUUAUCUAUAGUAUUUUAGCAAAAAACUCAGGAAUACAACAUAUAAGGGAGACGUUAAUUUUAAAAUACCCACUAAAUUUAGUAUCUAUUAACCAACCAAAGCCUAAACUUUUAUAUUCUUCAGUUGGAUAAGAGCUUUUCCCCGAGUUUGAUUUGUCUUUAAGGAUAGUCAUUUGGCUUCUGAAUGUUUGAAGAUUUUUAAAAAUAAGUAGUGCUAUGGUUGUUGUUUCUAUAAUUCCAAACUUUGAUAGUAAUUGUACUACAUUUCAUUUUUAAAAAAUGAAUUUUAGUAGCUUCUGAAAUCAUGAACAUUUAUUAGCAAGGACAAAUUAGUAAUUUUAUUAAGUUAUACAUGUUUAAACAUUAGCUUAUUUCUCUUGUGUUAUUAGUACUGCUGUUUUUGCUUCUGUAUAUUUCUGUCUAGCUUUUGUAUGUAAUUUAUAUUUAGUGUUUAUAAAACGUGAUUUGUAAUAAAUGUUGUUAAAACAAAAA